AUGGCGACCACCCUUCCCAGGCCAUCUCGGUCCUCCAAUGGGCCCCCCAACAUUGCUCUUCCAGCCCUCCCAGUUCCGAAGACAAGGAAAAGCACAGGCGCGCUAGCAACCCCUUCCCGGUCGGCGACGAGCACACCUAAGAGCGGUCUCCGGGCGCCAUCAGCUGCGUACUCUACUCCGUCGACCCCCGCCCCCACCUCUUCUCUACCUCGCAUACCUUCCGGGGUGAAUGCCCCCGGCAAGUCGAUACGGAAAGUAGUUAGCAUCAACUCUUUCCCUCAGCCUCCGAACCGAGCGAGUAGUCUCCCACCAAGCCCUCUGGCUAAUGAUGGUGCCCGGAACUCCACCCGCCGAUCUAAGGCCUCGAUCGUUUCCACGUAUAGCCACCUUGGUAGCUCGACACCAAGUUUACUAAAUGGUAGCGGCGAGGGAAAAUCGGUCGGUGCGGGUGUGAGAAUGUCGGAUGGACUCAUAAGCGUCGCCUCGCUACCACAAAGCCGAAGCUCCUCUGCCCAAGAUUCAUAUUCGACCUCCGCCACCACUUACGACGAUCCGAUGGACAUCCCCCAGUCAUCCACAGACGCUAGUACCGAUAGCAGGUCACCCAAGCAGGAUAGCAAGGGUAACGUUUUGGUCAGCGUCAGGGUACGACCUGACAUGACCGGGAACGAUAACCCUAAAGACUGGGUAGUCGAUCCUAAGCAGUCUUUGAUCUCUCACCGAGGACGUGAGGGUGGAGAUUACUUUUAUGAUAAUGUUUUUGCAACGAGCGAUGACAACUCGAGAGUAUACGACUGUAUCGCUAAGCGACUCGUACGGAGGGUUAUGGAGGGAUACCAUGGAACGGUUUUUGCCUACGGGAUGACAGGUACCGGAAAGACUUUCUCGAUGCAGGGUACCGCUUCGUCACCUGGUGUGAUUCCGCUAGCAAUUACCGACAUCUUCUCUUACAUCCGAGAGACUCCGUCCCGCGAGUUCCUCCUCCGCGUCAGCUACCUCGAAAUCUAUAACGAGAAGAUUCACGAUCUACUCAGCAUGCCAACAAACAGUGGUCUAGGUGGUGCGGCCCAGGAGGAAAUCAAGUUGCGUGAGGAUAGCAAGCGCGGUGUUUAUGCGAGCCCGUUGAAGGAAGAAAUCGUGCAGAGCCCGACUCAACUGCUCCGAGUGAUUGCCCGUGGCGAUCAAGCGAGGCGGACGGCCAGCACCCAGUUCAACGCCAGGAGUUCUCGAUCGCAUGCUGUUGUCCAGAUCGUAGUGGAGAGCCGGGAGCGCAUUCCCGGAAACACCAGCACUGAGAACAAGCGAGGAGGAUUGCUUCCCGGCGGUGUUCGUGUCUCCACUCUUAGCUUGAUCGACUUGGCUGGAUCCGAGAAGGCGGCGGAGAGCAAGGAGCGCAGGACCGAGGGUUCCCACAUUAACAAGAGUUUACUGACACUUGGUACCGUCAUUGCCAAACUGUCGGAGCAUAAGGAUAAGGAUGGAAAGCCCGCCGACAAGGACGGGAAGCAUCUUCCGUAUCGCGACAGCAAGCUGACACGCCUCCUUCAAGGUGCACUGUCGGGUAAUUCUCUUGUCAGUAUUCUGUGCACGAUUCAGACCGGCUCGGCUGGCACCGCAGCGGUGGCCAACACGCACACGACCGAGACUCUAAACACGCUGAAGUUUGCUUCUAGGGCAAAGAACAACAUUGUCAGCCAUGCUAAGAGGGCGGAGGAGGCGCUCGGUGCUGGUGGUGAUGGAGGAGCUAGAGUCUUACUUGAGCGGUACCGCAUGGAGAUUAUGGAGCUGAGAGCUCAACUAGACAACAAGGCGAAGAACAAGAAGGAGUCUGAAGAGCUCACCGAUGAGGAGAAGGCCAGGAAUGCAGAGGAGGAGAAGGCACGGGAGCUCGAGGCCGAGCAGCGGCACGAAGAGCAGAUGCUAGAGAUGCAGCUGGCACGAACUGCUCUUAAGGAGCGUAUCGACCACCUGAACCGUCUCAUCCUGAGCUCCAAGUCUAUCGGUGUCAACCGAAGUGGAUCCUACAGCUCACUGGCAAACUCGAGGUUCUCUCAAAUAUCGACGAGGUCAUCCGUGACAGCAUCAAAUAGUGGUCGCCCCGGUAUCGAGCGAUCUUCUUCGAUGACUUCGACUUCGUCCACGAUCGGUAGGCGCUCGAACGGCGGGAAGCGCCAUUCGGGUGGCGAAGCGUCGAUAAUGGAGGACGAGGACAGCAUCGGAGAGUCUGGCGACGGCAGCGCGUCGCUUGCGGCCCAAAACCGUGCUCUCCAAGCCGAUCUCGCCGAUAAGAAUCGCUACAUUACGACGUUGGAAAAGAGGCUCCUCCAGGCGCGUCGAGCGAGUUCGUCACGUACUUCGAUCGGAUUCACGGGAAGUAAAGGCAUUCUCGUCGGAGAAGAUCAUAGCGUGGCUGCCCUUCUAAAAGAAAAGGAUGCAGAGAUUGCCGAGCUUCGGGCCAGGAUUGAUGAUAAGGACCGUAUGUUGACGGCACUCCGGAGUGUAGCCAGGUCGCGUGAGACUGCCGAGGGACUCAACUUCGACUCGAGAGCACCGCUCAGUCCACCCCCGUCGGCGACCUUGCUGAAUUCGCCGCAAUCCCAAUUCCAACCUCUUAAGCAGAACCGUGAGAACGGCGGCGACGACCUUAAGAUCCUAGAUGAGAUGAUCAUGGACCGCAUCGAGAGCGGCCAGUUGGUUAGGAGUUCAAGGGGCAGUGUCCGGGUUGCCAAUGAUGCAGCGCGACGUGAGCCUCCUUCGGAACCUCUCCCGAGCUUGGAUCUCAUCCAAAAGCACGAAGAGGCCAAGCCUGCCUGUGCUGCAUGA